GCUGCUCAGGAGCAUUCGCCUGGAGCUGGGAACCGCACACAGCUGAGCUCCCAAGUUUGAGCAUGGCUCGGAGAAGACAGAGAAGCCAGAGGUCACAAACUCCUGCAGACCUAGGAGCUGGCACGUGUUCUAGGAGCCUUCUACUUCCCAAACCCUUCAUCUCUGCUGAGGAGGGAGCAGACACAGCUCAAAGGCACUCGCACCUGGAAGGAGGAUCUCUUUUUGGAUUCUACUGGUGUUAACAGAGCUCUGCAGACCUACUCGCAGCCACAGAGGAAAAUUCUUCAAAAUAGCAAGACGCUUUCAAAGUGGGGAGUGGAAGGAGGCAGUUUUUCCCCUCCUUCCCUGUUUGGGAGAAAGGAGUUGCCCAACCUGGUCAUGAGACUUUUCCAUACUUCCCAAAGCGGGCUCCUGAAGUUACGACACGGCACCGCCGAGAGCCUGGGGUAGUGUAGUUCAGAACAGCCCCCAGCAGCACACCCCCAGUGCAGGCAGUCUGGUGGGCACAGGAGAUGGAGAAUGAGGUUGGCAAGUCUGUGGACAAUCAAAUGGACAAAUACAUAGUUACAAUAAUGGGGAAAUCAGAAAGUCAAAUGGAUAUUGUGGAAAAAUCAACAAAAUCUGGGAAGAAAUCCUGGAGCUUUGUGGCAAUCGGUCUGGCUGUCUUGCUGCUUCUCAUGACUUGUGCAGUGGUCGCCCUGGUGAUCCUGUAUGCCAGCAGCCGAGGCUCUCACUUCGGCACCAAUUCAGGCAACGUAUGUACCACGCCUGGAUGUGUUACAGCAGCUGCUAGAAUAAUUCAGAAUAUGGACCCAACAGCUGACCCUUGCAAGGAUUUCUACCGGUACGCCUGUGGGGGCUGGCUGAACCGGCACGUUAUCCCAGAAACUAGCUCCAGAUACAGCAUUUUUGACAUCCUGAGAGAUGAGCUAGAGAUCAUCCUAAAAGGUGUGCUGGAGACUCCAGAUCAAGGGGACAGAGAAGCAUUUCGGAAAGCUAAAAUACUUUACAAGUCAUGCAUGAAUGAGAGUCUUAUAGAGCAACGAGAUUCAUUGCCUCUGCUAGAGGCCUUAACGAUGGUUGGAGAUUGGCCAGUGGCUUCUGCAGACUGGAAUAAGACCAAAGAGCCAAAUUGGAGCAUGGAAGAAAAACUCUCCAUAAUGAACUCCAGAUUUAACAAGCGUGUCCUCAUUGACAUGUUUGUGUGGAACGAUGACCGGGAUUCCAGCAGACACAUCAUUUAUAUUGACCAGCCAAGUUUGGGAAUGCCGUCCAGGGAUUACUACUUCAAUGGGGGCAACUAUCAAAGAGUGAGAGAAGCUUACCUGCAGUUCAUGAUCACCAUUGCCAAAAUGAUCCGGGAAGACAAGAAUAUGUCUAAAGAUGAUUCCUUUGUCCAAGAGGAAAUGGCAAAGGUUAUGGAGCUUGAAACAGAGAUUGCAAAUGCAACUACCCCAGCAGAAGAAAGGCACGAUGUAACCUUGUUGUACAACAAGAUGACCUUAAGAGAGCUACAGGAAAAGUUUGCAUUGAACGAAUUUAACUGGACCUUCUUCAUCCAAGGUGUUAUGUCUUCAGUAAGUGUUCAGGUUGACCCAGAAGAAGAAGUUGUUGUAUAUGGCAUGCCCUAUCUGCAAGAGCUGAAAGCAAUUAUCUCAAAGUACUCUGCAAGCACCAUCCAGAACUACCUCAUUUGGCGAUUGGUAAUUGAUCGAGUCAGCAGCUUGAGUCGGCGUUUCAAGGAUGCCCGGGCCAGCUACAGGAAGGCACUUUAUGGGACAACACUGGAAGAAGCACGCUGGAGGGAGUGUGUGAGUUACGUCAACAACAACAUGGAGAACGCAGUGGGAGCAAUGUAUGUCAGGGAGACAUUUGCUGGUGAGAGCAAGAGGAUGGUCCGAGAUUUAAUAGAUAAGAUUCGUGAAGUGUUCAUCGAGACUUUAGAUGAGUUACAGUGGAUGGAUGAGGCAUCUAAACAGAAAGCUCGUGAGAAGGCAAUGGCAAUUAAAGAACAAAUUGGCUAUCCAGAUUAUAUUUUGGAAGAUCAGAAUGAAAAACUAGAUCAGGAAUAUGCCAACGUAAACUUCAGUGAAAACAAUUACUUUGAAAAUAUUCUGGAAAACCUGAGAGCUGGAGCCCAAAAGAGCUUGAAAAAACUUCGAGAGAGAGUUGACCAAGAUAUAUGGAUAAUUGGAGCUGCAGUGGUGAAUGCAUUCUAUUCCCCCAAUCGGAACCAGAUAGUUUUUCCUGCCGGGAUUCUGCAGCCCCCCUUCUUCAGCAAACACCAGCCACAAGCCCUGAACUUUGGAGGGAUCGGGAUGGUUAUUGGCCAUGAAAUUACUCAUGGGUUUGACGACAAUGGUAGGAAUUUUGAUAAAGAUGGCAAUAUGUUUGACUGGUGGAGCAAUUUCUCAGCUAUGCAUUUCAAGGAGCAGUCCCGCUGCAUGGUUUAUCAGUAUGGGAACUACACAUGGGAGCUCGCUGGAGGACAAAAUGUCAGUGGAAUAAGCACAUUAGGAGAAAAUAUUGCAGAUAAUGGAGGAGUCCGACAGGCUUAUAAGGCCUACUUAAAAUGGCUGGAGCGGGAAGGGAAGGAGCCAAAGCUGCCUGGACUGAAUCUGUCCCACAAACAGCUUUUCUUCCUCAACUUUGCCCAGGUUUGGUGUGGUUCCUACAGACCAGAAUACGCGAGCCAGUCAAUAAAGACAGAUGUUCACAGCCCUCUGAAAUACAGGGUGAUGGGAUCUUUGCAGAACUUUGAAGCCUUCUCAGAGGUGUUCCACUGCAAAAGCGGCACAGCCAUGCACCCUGCGGAGAAAUGCAGAGUGUGGUAACCAAAAAGAACGCUGGUGAGGAUGACACACGCUCCGGUAACGCAACAAACAGUUCUUGCCAAUGAUGUGCCUGGUGUUCUCCCAUUCAGUCACAGCCAAGGCUAAUGGUGCAGCUCCUGUAGUGGGCAUCAAGGAAACUACAGCGCUCCAGCUCUCCCAGUUCCACUGGGAAGCUCACUGGUGUCUCAGUGACUGACGGGCCGUGCCGAAAGCCACAGCGUGCUCCAGAAGAGAAACGACUGUUUCAAAUGACAUCCUGACUGUUAUCAAGAUACUGCAUCAGGGUUACAAAGACUAAUUGUUAAAUAGAAAACAGAACCAACACACACCUAUAUAUCUAUUUUUCAGAAAGGAACAAUAAUUUUAGUACGUCUUACAACUGCGCCUUCUGAGACUCCGCAGAGCCGUUUGUUUCACUGAACCGGUUGCCAGUAUUCUGAUUCCGUUUCUGGUGCAUUCUUCCCAAAUUCAGGUUAGAGGUAGUUCAGACUCCCGUGCUGUCUGUGUCCUUGCCCCUCGCUCACCCGCUGCUGUACGAGAUUGCUGUUUGUCUUGAGAUGUUGCCAAGUGAGCUCUCUGUUACGAUGCCCGUCGGCCGCUAAUUCUGCUGCACUCGAGUUCCUCUGCUCCAAAGAACAACCGUAACGUCACCCUCACGUGAGGUAUUACUAGAUAGAAAAGUCACAGUUCAAGGAGUGCAAAUUCUGUUGUUAUGGUUAAAAUUGCAGGGUCCCUCCCUUCAGAGAUAUAUUUAAAAUGAUGCUUAUUCUUGUAGAAAGUGUAUGAAAUACUUUUUGCCAAAUAGCAAACAUGUAUCCAUGGAAACAAUUAAGCUGGUUUUAAUCCUGUGCCUUUUCAUUUUGCCAUAGGCUAUUUUUCAGUAUUUACACUCGAAAAUGUAACAAGUAUUAAUUUUUAAUAAAAAAAAAAAAAAUCACGGUAGCCAAUUCAGCGAGCAUUUUACUGUAGAGAGCUUUGCGUGGCUUUCCUUAGUGAGCAUUCCGAUAUAAUGAUAAUAUUUUAAACUGACGACACUUAAUAGUGAAUUUUAAAUACUCUUUCAUCAAAUGCUGUUCUUUCUAGCACAGAAAUCACUGGAAAGCAAGACAGCAACUACUAGCGCUGAGCUUAGGAAGUGCCACAUCCCACUGUUCGUGUGCUUCACAGAUCUCGUUAGCGCACCGCUAGCAAAAGCUUUGAUUAUCGAAACAACAGGGAAGGAAACGAAAAUCACGUAACAGAAGCAGCUUUGCCAAAGAGAUGCGUCGCUGAAUUACUCUGGCCAUUUGACCUUAAGAGCUGGUAAAUCGCUGAGUGAAACCUUCCUGAUUUUUGCAGGAAUUUUACCUGCAAAAGUGAAAUCAGUCUGCCGAUAAAUCGCCGCUUUUAUGGGACCUGAGAAUAUAUAGUUCAAUUACAUUUUAUUUUUACCUUAAAAGUAAUCUUGGAAGAUAACUUUCUUGGAGAAUCAGCGCUACCUCAGGGAUUAACCGCUCUUCUACGCCCUUCGCAGUCUGGAGUUGAGCGCAGAAAGGGAGGGUGAGCAGGAGCUGCCUUUAGUUGGAGCUGUGUUUAUUUAAUCUCUCUUCAAAAGACUAAGAAGAGACUGUUCAGCACCCACCGGGAGAGUUGCCCACUGCAAACAAAUAUUACGCAGAGCAUAGAAUUUGGCUUUCAGUGCAGGUAAUAAUAAUAAACAAACUGUUCCACAUCUAAUUCUUUCUAUGCUGCAGCUCCGAUGACUAUACACAGACCUGGGAAAGGGAACGCAGCCUCAGUUCCCGGUUGGUUUGGGGUUGAUUUCAGCUGUGGCUCUUACCUGAGGAGAGCUGCGCUCGACCGCGUUAAUUCUAACAAAGAUUCUGAUUCAAAGCAGAUGAAGUGGGAGGAAAGGAUGGUUUUUCAGGUGGGAAUUGUUGGAUUCACAUAUUUAAGUGCCUGAAAACUUUAGGGCUGACCCACACUAAAACAGCAGCAACAAAGAUGAGUAGAAGAGUGCACUAACAAGCUCUGAGAGCCCUUUAAAAAAAUACGAUAUACCAGGAUUAAACUCCCCUUUAAGUGACUUAAACUGUCUUAAGGGAAACCCGGGGGUACAGAACCUGGCGUGUACGUGUCCUGCUCACGCCUCCAUACAGUUUGAAGGGCUUCAGGCAUUAAAACUUCAGGUUCUACUGAGACACGUACUGGGAUGUUUAUUUCCUGUGAGAUCGUCAGACAAGGCCCUGUGUGUUCCUGGCACUUUACCUCAGAGCUGGAAUAGUUUAGAAUACAAACCCCCACAAAUUCACAGUAGUGAAUUUUCUACACCUAAUUCUGUAUUUAAUACUUGUCCGUUCUGGUAAGUUCCAGUUCUCGCUGAUACUGAAGACCAAAACCCUUUGAAGUCAGACUUAAUGACGCUACUAAAACACAACAGCAGCAACUUCAUAGAACAUCACAGUCAAUCAUCCACGCGACUUACAGGUCAGCCAAGAGGAUACGAGUUAAAGCUAGUUAGGAGGCAACACAGGCUCUGUAAAACACACACCGACAGUCCGUGCUUUAGACGUUAAUCAAGGUUCAACUCAAACUAUGACUAACCACGAGCUCUCGACUCCAUCCAGGACCAGAACCACGUAGUUAAAUCAGGGAUGUGGGAGCGGCUUGGUGAGAGGCGAGAUCCUGAUGUGCUAACAGGCUUCGUGCCAAUUUUAUGGCUUUCUGCCCCACCAUCACGAGAGAGGGGAGAGGCCAAUCCACCAGCGAUGGUGAGAAUGACAGAGACCAAGUUCCGCAGAACAACAGUGCUUUAAGGUGUUUGCAACUGGAUGUUGAAGACGAGCCUAAUUAUGUUCCAUUCUGGUUUUUGUUCACUUUAAGAGAGUUUUACUCUUGAAUUAACCAAACGCUCGUGUCCCAUGCGCCUUGUUAAAACUGACUGUCGCACAAACUGGGUUUGUACUUGCUCCUGGAUUGAAUUAUACGUAUAACGGGCUAGGGAUUUUUUUUUUAAUAAAUUGCUCUUUAUCUGUAUGAAAACUGACAUGAUCCGCAGCCCUCCUUAGUAUGAAAUGCUGUCCAAGCUCU